AUGAUGAUGAUAAUACGCCGUGUGAUGUGUGUGUUGGCCGUUGUGCUGUGCUGCGCCUGCGGGUAUACCAUGACGGCUGCUGCUGCUGUUGAUAAUGACAGUCCCAGUGGCCGUGGUGUAUCCCGUGGGGCUGUGGAGGUGUCGUGCGGGGCCGGCGGUGCGCUGCGUGUACGCCCCGCUGCUGAGAGCGAGUGGCUUACAUGCGGUGCGGGCAGCCGUGUGUCUGCAUGUGGGAAGUACGCAGACCUCUGCCGCAAGCGUACCGCAAGAGCAGCAAGAACAGAAACAAGGACAGCAAUCAUUGCUAAUGAAGAAAACAUUAAGCCGUACGCAGGUGAAGGUAAUGCUGGAAGUCAUUGGGAAUGGGAUGGUUUUCCUUUUCUUUCAGAAGACGACAUCAAAGAGAAGGCCAAUUGGGACAAGUGUAAUAAGUCCGAAACACGUGAAGUUCCCGGAGUAAACUGUUCGAUUUGGAAAGAAUUUAGAAAGGAGACUUCCAGUCAACCAAUCGCCAUUGACAGUCAGGAACCACAUACGCAACAACUACAGAGAGAAGAAUCAGCCAAAGAAAAGGCGGGAGAGAGUGCAUCUGGUACUGAAAUCAGAGGUGGGGAUACUACAGCCGGUGGGGUGCCACUCAAAGAUCCUGUUUCGGAACAACAUCCGCCAAGCAAAACUCAGGAGUCUACUGUAGCUAUACAAGGUGUUCAAGACUCCUCGGAUAACACAAUGGAGAAUACUACAGUAAGUGACUCUAAUCCUGUCCCGCAAUCUCCUUCAUCUGCAAGUACGACAGCAAUAUCAAGCUCGGAAGGAACAAAUACCACUACUCCGGCUAGCCCCGAGAACACUACCACAGAAGCACCAACCACUACUCAGCCGAGCACUAAGAACACUACCACAGAAGUAUCAACCACCACUCCAUCUACUGUACCCAACGCAGAGAUGAGCAACAACAUCGCCUCCACCUUGCAGAAAAAGGCUAAUGUUGACAGCAGUGUCAGUUCUGUGUGGGUGCGUGUGCCACUACUGAUUGUGGUUGUGUUGGUCUCCGCUACCCUGUACUGA